AUGGUCAUCAUAAUCAACACAAGGUCAAAGACGUCAUGUAAGUCAGAUGUUGAUUGCAAUUUGUAUGAAGCUGUGAAGAAACAAGAUAUCAACUCCACCAAUGACUCUUCCAGCAUUGUCACCGAGUUCAUCAUCUUUGGCUUCCCGAGCCUCCAAGGUUUUGAUAUCCUGCUAUUUUUUAUAUUCUUUUUCAUCUAUCUUUUGGCCAUCUCAGGUAAUGGCCUUAUAUUCAUCCUCGUAACCUUGGAAAGAAGGCUGCACACUCCGAUGUACUUCUUCGUCAGCAACUUAUCUCUAUUGGACAUGAUGUCCACCACUGUGACCAUCCCCAAGAUGCUUGCCAAAUUUUCUAUGCACCUUGACAGGAUCUCUUAUGUGGGCUGCUUCAUGCAGGUGUACACCUUUUUGUCACUGAAUGCCGUUGAGUGUUAUCUCCUAUCUGUCAUGGCUUAUGAUCGAUAUAUGGCCAUUUGUUUUCCACUCCAUUACCAUAGCAUCAUGGCCAGGCACGUGUAUAUAAUCUUGGCUAUGGUGUCAUGGACCUUGGGGUUUGCUUCCCCAAUAGCAGUGGUAAUAUUAGCUCUUAAAUUACCUUUUUGUGGCCCCAAUGUCAUUUAUCAUUAUUAUUGUGACCACCCUCCUCUCCUUCAGUUGGCUUGUGCCAACACCACGCUCAACGUCAUGGUUGGUUCUUCGCUUAGUGCCAUAGUGCUCCUCGCCUGUUUCACUGUAAUAGUCAUAUCCUACAUUAAAAUAAUCAGAUCUGUUCUUCUGAUAGCUUCAUCUGAUGGACGCAGGAAGACGUUUUCCACCUGCGCUUCACACUUCGUCGUGGUAAACAUGUACUUCUUGCCUCUAAUCUUCAUGUACAUUCGUCCUAAACCUUCCUACUCUUCAGAUAUUGAUUCAUUGGUGGCCAUGUUCUAUACAGUGUUAACCCCCAUGCUGAACCCCUUCGUGUACAGCCUGCGAAAUAAAGACAUUAAGUAUUCUGUUAAAAAACAUAUAUUUCACAAUCAGAAUAUUCCUAAAUGA